AUGACAGUCGAGAUUCAGCUGCGCCGAAGUGGGUUCCUCGGCCGACCAUGACAUCAUCAUCGACUUCAUCAAGUUUACACUCCCACGCCAUCACCCCAGCCAGGAUUUUCGUAUAGAAACCAUUCGCCCGGAAGCAUACCAGGGGGGCUAGACCUAACGACUGAUUCUAUUCUGAAGGUUAUGCGAUGCUUUCACACGAUUCGUCGGAGUCAACGGCGUCGGACCACGGCAAUGUCGAUAUCUUAAUCGUUGGAGCAGGACCAGCGGGGCUCAUGGCCGCAUGCUGUGCCGCACGGUACACUCGGUCCAUCCGAAUUAUUGAUCUGAAAGAGAGCCGUACGAAAACGGGGCAUGGGGAUGGCUUUCAGAGCCGGACGCUGGAGAUCCUAGACAGUUUUGGCCUGGCCCAGGAGAUACUGACGCAGAGCAUGCCCGAUAUGGAGGGCUCUUAUUGGGCGGCCAAGAAAGACCGCGGACAUAUCCAGCGCGUGGGAAUAGAGCCAGCCGGCAACGGGCAUAAAUCAAGGUUUCCAAAGGCGUUGCUCAACCAGGGGGCAACGGAACAGAUCCUUCUAGACUACUUAUAUCGAGAGCAUGAGAUUCGUGUGGAGAGAUUGAAGUUGGCCGAGACCUUGCACAUUCGUGACGUGGCUGAUGCAGCCUUCCCCGUAUCUGUGGGCGUCCUGCAUGUGAUAGAUAAUGACCGCGAUUGCGCCAAUGAGCGGGAAACUGUCAAUGCACGGUAUCUUGUUGCAUGUGAUGGCGCACACAGCUGGACCAGAGAGCAGCUGGAGGUUCCCACGGAGGGGGACCCCUCCGGGUCAACCUGGGGCGUGUUCGAUAUAGUUCCCAUCUCGAAUUUUCCUGAUAUUCGCCGAUCAUGUGCGAUCCAUUCCGAGGGUGUGGGGAGCAUCAUGACUAUACCCAGGGAGAACCGAAUGGUUCGGUUCUAUACUCAUCUUCACGACGGCGUUAGCGACACCAAUAUAAAGGAUUCUGAUGGUGUCCCUCAUGAGCUGGUAGAUAGAGCCGCAAGGACCAUGAUGCCGUACAGCUUGACGUGUAAACAUUGUGACUGGUGGUCACUGUAUAGGGUAGGAAGACGUUUAGUAACAAAAUACAGACCGCACGAUCGGGUAUUCCUGGUAGGCGAUGCAGCCCACAGCCAUUCACCACUAGGAGGGCAGGGUAUGAACGUGUCCAUGCAGGACAGCUACAACCUCGUGUGGAAGCUAGGAGCGGUGCUCUCUGGCCACUUUGACAGCGCUAUCCUCGAUACAUACGAGCAGGAGAGACGUCCUGUUGCGGAAAGGUUGAUGCGACUGGAUGCGAAGCUUGUCCAGGCUUACGAGGAUGGGUGCACAAAAAGCGACAAGGGCGUAGCUGAAACUCGCGAGGACUAUUCGGGCUUUAUGUCUGGUAUAGAGUUGAUAUAUCCCUCGAGUGUGCUUGUCUCUCAAGAAGGGAGCUUUGGCAGUGCCUCCGCACGGAAUGUGAAGAUAGGAAGACGCAUGGAUUCAGUGCAGGUGACUACGCACUGCGAUGGGACCAAGACACAUCUUGCGCGAUAUUUUCCAACGAAUGGGUCGUGGAGACUUCUCGUCUUCCCGGGUGACCUAGAACAGCAAGGGCGGAUGGAUGUGCUCACUCGAUUCGCGGAAGCAUUCACGAAUACGCCCUCUCUAGCAAUGUUGAAUCAGAGUUCCUUUGGGAAGGCGAGGUUUUCGAUGAUUGAGCCCAUUCUCAUUCACACCAGCCCAACAACAGCCUUCAACCUCUUGGAUCUCCCAGAUAUGUUUCACCCAUUUGACGAGGAGCUUGGAUGGGAUUACUGGAAGGUUUUCUCUGAUGAUAAAGAGCACUCCACUGGGGUCGGUCACGCCUAUGAAACGUAUGGGAUCGAUGACGAAGGCCCAUGCUGUCUGAUUCUUUGCCGUCCAGACCAACAUGUUGCGUGGAUAGGCGAUUCAGAAGAUGUGGCUGGGUUGAAUGAGUAUUUCUCGAACUUCCUUUGUAAAUAGUGAUCGAAUAGAACUUUGGAUAUAGACAUGGCUUAUCUCGUUCAUUCACCAUAUACUGGUGUGUAUACCAAUCUAGGCAUGCGGUGUGUCGGUCUAGAUACCUAAUCGUCGCGAUAGAGUAAGUAU